AUGUCUCAUCAUGAUUCCAGCUGCCCCUCAUGUGGCAAAAUCUUCAAAGACCACACUUCUGUUGCUCGUCAUAUGAGCCAGCCUCGGUCCGGAUGCAACACAUGGUUAGAGGAUAUGAUCAACUCCAUUUCACCCGGUGAAGAUCAUAACAUGGACUCUGCAGAUGAUGAGGACUUCGCUGGACUUCCUCGUGAUGUUUCUUAUGAUCCGGGACUUGGAGGUGAGGAAUAUUUCGGUGGAGGAGGAGAGGACAUCCCUGAUGGAAAUGAAGUGCACGCCGGUGAAGUAAUCGACUACUUUCCAGAGCUUCCUCUGGCCUAUGAGGACAGCUACACAUUUCUGGGGCUGUUUGAUGCAGAUAAAAACAGCGUAUAUCGGAAAACAAACCUUUAUUAUCCGUUUAGCAGUCGACGAGAUUGGCAACUUGCAGCAUGGCUCUUACGUUUGGGCCUAAGCAUGGGGAAGAUCAACUCUUUUCUAUCACUCGAAAUGAUCAAGGAUUUACCCUUGUCGUUCCGCUCUGCCAGAGAACUACACGGUCGAGCUGAGAUGCUGCCCAGUGGUCCAUGCUGGAAGUCUCAAGUCAUUCAUACAUCACAUCCUACAAAGUCGCCAGUAAUUCUGUACUGGUGUGACCCUAUUGAAUGUAUUGCCAGCAUCUUUAAUCACCCACUAUUUCACUGUCAUAUGGAUCUCACGCCUCACAAGAUUUACUCUACUGCCAAGAGACUAUGUCGUGUAUACACCGGAUGGAUGUCAGGAAACGACGCAUGGGAUAUGCAGUCAGCGAUAACAAAGGGUGCAACCCUCCUCGGCACCAUUCUCUCCUCUGACAAGACGAACAUCACUGCAUUAACGGGGUAUCACGUAGCUCAUCCGCUCCUAAUUAGCCUCUCCAACAUCCAUAUGAACAUACACUUAAAACCGUCAACCAACUCUUUCCGAAUGAAGGGCGUAUUGGAAGAUCACCUUAUACAUCAGUGCCUCAAUAUCAUUCUUGAGCCGCUCAAGCAAUCCGCUCAACAUGGUAUCAUGCUGUCUGAUCCUAUCGGAUGCAGUCGGUAUUGCUUCACUGCUCUUGUGAGCUAUAUCGCCAACACCCCCAAGGCCAUGAUGCUGGCAGCCGUUGGUGGAAAAACAUCGCUGGUGACAAUGGCAAUGUAUAAGCAGUUUGGGGAUGCAUUCCAUCAUGAACCCCGGACAAAAUCAACGACUAUUGCACAGCUCGCUGUUGUGCGCUCAUGUGCUGAUCCUAAUGAUCUUGAGGCAUAUUUCCAUGAGGCACAGAGAUUCCGACUGAAUGGUGUCGACAAACCAUUCUGGUGGGACUAUGCACUAGCAGACCCCUCCCGGUUUCUUACACCGCAAUCACUCCAUCAUCUUCAUAAAGAAUUCUUUGACCAUGACGCCCAAUGGCUCAUUCGCGCUGUUGGAGAUUCUAAAAUAGACUUCCGAUUCUCAGUGUUACAGCCCAUCACUGGUUAUCGACACUUUUACGGGGGCAUCUCCAAACUAAAACAAGUCACUGGUCACUGUGAACGAGAAAUUCAACGUUAUAUCAUCGCUAUCAGUGCGGAUGAAGCACUUCCUCAUGUCAUCGCUGCUGUAUGUGUGCUCAUGCAGUUCCGGUAUCUCGUACAGUCGCCAUGUAUUGACGAGGAAGAUCUUGGGCGCAUCUCAGGUGCUCUAACUGAGUUCCACACAAACAAGGAUGCAAUCCUUGCUGCUGGGGCUCGUCGGGGGAAGGGCAAUAGAAACAUCGACAACUUUUAUAUCCCCAAGCUGGAGCUAAUGCAGAGUAUCAUUCCCAGCAUUCGCAACUCUGGUGUCAUAGGACAGUGGUCUGCCGACAUCACUGAACAUGCCCACAUUACGGAGAUCAAAGACCCCGCCAGAUCAAGCAAUAACAACAAUUACGACACACAAAUUUGUUGA